GGGCGGGGGCGGGCGGCGGGCGGCAGCGGGCUCAGCUCUGCGCGGUGCGGCAGCGGUAGCGGCAUCAUCGGCGGCGGUAGCGGCCCCCCCAGCUCCGCGCCGCUCCGCGCUUUCCCCCAUCCCCACCCCUGGCCGCCCCCAUGGCCACCAAAAUCGACAAGGAGGCGUGCAGGGAGGCGUACAACCUCGUCAGGGACGAUGCCACCGACGUGAACUGGGUGACUUUUAAGUACAAUGGCUCUACUAUCGUCCCUGGAGACCAAGGGGUAGACUACGAAACCUUUAAAAGGAAGUGCACAGAUGAUGUUCGAUUGUUUGGCUUUGUGAGAUUCACCACUGGCGAUGCCAUGAGCAGGCGAGUCAAGUUUGCUCUCAUCACUUGGAUUGGAGAGGAUGUCAGUGGCCUGCAGAGAGCCAAAACUGGGACCGACAAGACUCUGGUCAAAGAAGUAGUACAGAACUUUGCCAAAGAAUUUGUGAUCAGUGACCACAAAGAGCUGGAUGAAGAUUACAUCAAGAAUGAGCUGAAGAAAGCAGGAGGGGCUAACUAUGAUGCACAGACUGAGUAAACGCACAAACCUCUGGGCACCAUCACCUGGAUCUCAAAGGGAGGGGAAAGGCACAACCAAGUAACACAAGUGAGAGAUGAGGCAACUGAAAUCCCCAGCUUUCUGUGUGUGCAGCUAAGAACUCCCUUUCUUUGCAUACAAUGGACUUUCAUUUUCCAACCCAUAUCAUGAAACAUCCCUCUCUGGGGUUCUGUUUUUGUUUUCUCCCCAUUUUUUUACUCACAGCUCUGUCCAUCGUCUCACAUCUGUGGAAUUUAGGUUUGGGUCUGCUUUGCUCUCUUAUUCAGCACCGUGUUUGUAGAGGCUUGCCAUUGUGUCCUUCUUCCUAUGCAUGCAUGUCUGUGUGUCUUAUUUGGGUUCAACUUUGGUCUCCAAGAGGAGAAAGUUUUGUGGAAGUUCUUAACACUCAUUGUUUUCUCUUUUUGCUUUUAAAUUUGUUCCAACUAAUAUUCUUGGGAACAAUUUUUUUUUUUUUGCUGUUCUAGGCUCAGAUCAACUUAAGCUGACUUUGCUCACGUCUUAAGUUGUCAGAGCUUAAAUGUCCAGGCAAGAUGUUAUCUAACAGCUUAAACAACAAAGCUGUUAAACAACAAAUUCUUCAGCUCAUGACAAAUGGGAAUAAAUUUGCCUUAAACCUUGUUUGAGAGUUGCUAUGCUACGUGCUGCAUCUCUAUCCCUCCCUCUCAAAAAUAAGAUCCAACUCGAUCUGAAUGCAGGGGUUUGGGGGUGGUUUUUUUUGAGGCACAGUAAAUUGAGGGGCUUAGAAAUGUCUGGACACUUGGUCACUAUUUUGUGUACUUUGGUCUCUGGGUUUGUAUUUGACUUUCCUAAUGCUGGGACUCAGGAGGUGAAACUGAAAUGCAUAGAUUUCCUUUUUAAAUGAUGUCUGCAAAGAUAGCUGCUGAGCCCUACAGGCCCUCCCUGCCCGUGUUCCCCCUGGGUUAUUUUGCAGCUCAACACAACACCCUCAGUUGUUUGGGGCCUUCGGGCAGUGAACCAUCCUCUACCUGUGACCAAGGGAUGAAGCAGGGCAGAGCUGCCCCAGUAAGGAUGAAACACUCAACAGCUGAAGCCCAGAGAUAACCUGGGCACUGUUUGUUUUGGUACCAAACUGUUUGUUUGAGGGACUUCUUUGUAUGGCUUGGUUGGUUUCUCUUUUUUUCCCCAUCAAAGGUAACUGUCCCCAGAAUUAUGUGGAAGGAGGACACUGUGUUGUACAGGGGCUUGGGAUUCAGUGCUAUAAACCCAUUGCAGAAAUAAAUGUUUUUCAAGAACA